UCGUGUGAUUAAUGCUCGUGGGAUCGCUCCCGCCGAGACCCUGGUCAGAAGAAUUUCGCGCAUCAGUGAGCGUCCGUAAAAACACACAAUGACCUAUUUCUGUGAUUUUGUAAAAUUUCCGUUCUUUGCUUGUAGAGGCACACAGGUCAAAAUGGCGAGUAAACAAAACGGCAGCAGCGAAGCCUCCGUGGAAAUAGAGGAGGUGCGCCAGACUCCAUCUAAUGACAAUCUUCUUUACAAAGUGGACGAAUCUCCACCCUGGUAUUUAGCCAUUCUGCUGGGUUUUCAGCAUUACCUUACAGCCUUUGGUUCCACUAUCACUGUCCCCUUAGUUCUACAGACUGCUCUUUGCAUUGAUCAAGAUCGUGUGGGACUCAGCGAAAUCAUUUCGACCAUUUUCUUUGUAUCUGGAUUGGCAACGUUGCUUCAAACAACAUUAGGAGUGAGAUUGCCUAUCAUUCAAGGAGCGACCUUCGCGUUCCUUACACCGACUUUCACAAUAUUGGCAUUAGACAAAUGGAAAUGUCCAUAUGUCUUGGCGGAAGAGGACCAGUAAAUAUGUAAGUGAUCUUUACAACAUGGUGGCUUUUACUACAUGUACUUUCUGGAAAUGGUAACAUCUCACGCGAUUUAAUGGUACUCACAGAAUCUUUAUCGCUGUAUUUUUAUAU